CGUGACGUCACCUGUGCGCGAGGACAGGGCCCGAACAACGGCGCCUGGAAAGAGUCUUCACAGAGUGGUCCGCGGAACCGGAGAUCUGACUGUAAAUUAGCAUCCGAGACCGGGAGAACUGAGUGAGAAAGACCCCCCGACUUGAGAGUGCACCAUCUGGCACCGGGGAACCAGUCAAGCACGCGCACCGGAUCGUCUUCUGACUGGGGCUCGCUCACUGGGUCAUCCUCCGACUGGGGCUCGCUCACUGGGUCAUCCUGCGACUGGGGCUCGCUCACUGGGUCAUCCUCAGACUACGGCUCGCGCACCUGAUUUGUUUUUUUGUGCACAACUGAGCUGCCCCGGGCACCGGCCAUGUACUCGGGCUGGGGCCGUUAUGGCCCGGCGGCUCCAUCCUCCUUCCCUCCCGCGGCUCCCCCUCCUCCUCCUGCGGCCUUUACAAGUUUCCGUGAGCAGCACAUGGCCCAGCUGGAGCAGCUGCAGCGUAUGCACCAGAAGCAGCUAGAAAGUGUACUGACCCCAGGGGCCCCACCACCCCCUGGCCCCCCACCGCCUGCUUGCCCCCCACCGCCUGCUGGCUACGGGGACUGGGGUAACAGCAGCGGACGGGGCUACUAUGGUCCCAGGCAGCCUUACCUCUAUCCUCCCCCCACGUACCCCCCCACCAUCCCCCCCCCUGGGUUCCCCAGUUACCCCCCUCCGUCUGAAUCUAACCUACCUCCCCCUGCACCUGGCCAACCUCCCCCAGAUACCAGUUACCCCCCUCCGUCUGAAUCUAACCUACCUCCCCCUGCACCUGGCCAACCUCCCCCAGAUACCAGUUACCCCCCUCCGUCUGAAUCUAACCUACCUCCCCCAGAUACCAGUUACCCCCCUCCGUCUGAAUCUAACCUGCUUCCCCCUGCACCUGGCCAACCUCCCCCAGAUACCAGUUACCCCCCUCCGUCUGAAUCUAACCUACCUCCCCCAGAUACCAGUUACCCCCCUCCGUCUGAAUCUAACCUGCUUCCCCCUGCACCUGGCCAACCUCCCCCAGAUACCAGUUACCCCCCUUUGUUUGAAUCUAACCUGCCGCCCCCGCACACACUGCCUGAGGAAACUGCACCACCUCUUUCUCUGGGGGCAGUGCCACCACCUGUGCCACUGUUGGAGCCAUCCUUACCUGAGCCAAUCCAACCACCACCUCCAGAACCGAUCCAACCGCCUCCUCCAGAACCUGUCCAGCCUCCACCCCCCGAACCCAUCCAGCCUCCGCCACCAGAACACUCACAGCCUCUCCCUCCGGAGCCCAACCAGCCUCCACUACCACCAGACUACAUACAGCUACAGACAGACCCCUCAGGAAAUCCAUCAGAGCCUCUCAUGACCCUGGAGCAGCAACAGCAGUAUUGGUACAAACAACAUCUGUUGAGCUUGCAGCGUAAAGCAAAGUUACAGAAUAAUUUGUCCGGUUCUGCAUUACAAGUACAGCAGUAUCAGGGUGGGACCGCACCUGACGGCUCGGCUCCUCCCCUUCCUCCUACGGAUGAGGCUCCUCCCCCUCCACCGUCUGAUGAGUCCAACAUUAAUCUGUCUGAGGAUCCGGAACAAGAGCAGAGACUAAAGACGCUUCAGGCGGCGGCGGCCCAUUGGCAGCAGUAUGAGCACCACAGACUUGGCUUCCAGUACCAGGGAAUAAUCCAGAAGCAUGCCACCUUGCAGCAGCUUUUGCAGCGUUAUCAGCAGAUUACCCAGCAGGCCCCACACGUUGCGGCCCUGACCAUUGAUUUGCAGCUGCAGCACUAUGAGAUGCAACAGAAGCAGUUCCUGGCGCUUCAUCAGGAAUGGGAGACGCAGUAUAAGAAAUGGGUGGAAUUGUUGCAGACUUAUCCUCACAAGGACCAGCUGCAGGAGUACCAGGCGCAGUGGAAUUCAUGGCAGGGGCAGAUGAAAGCCACCAAAUCUUAUCUGAAAGAGAGAGUGAGCUCGCUGAAGAGCUUGCAGCAGCAGUAUGGAGGCAGUCAGUAUGUCAGCGCGAUGCCCAUGAUUCCUACAUACUCCUCAUACCCACCAGUGAUGCCCCCAGCAGUUCCACCCGCUGUUGGCAUACCCCCAGUAUUCACGGGAGCAGCUCCACCAAUGGUUACACCUCCCCCUCUGCCUCCAGUGCCAGCCACAUCCUAUUCAGAGGGUCCUCCACCUCCUAUGCCACCAUUGCCAUCUGCCCCUUAUUCUGAUGCUCAACCUCCCCUGCCUCCUGUUACAGCUUCAUCAAAUUCUGAGCCUCUGCCCCCUCUACCUCCAGUCACAGCUGUGUCCGAUUCUAAAGCACAGCUGCCUUUGCCGCAUGAGUCUGUAGGAGAAGCCAAGGACGCCUCAGAAACUGAGCCUACAGGUGGCCCUGCUCCGUCUGAACCUGCUGCUGUCAGCUUGCCACAGCCUCCAACUUCAUCAUAUACCAUGUCCCACGAUGUCCCAGUGUCUGCUAGUGACACAAAACCAUGGUUCCCCAGCGACGAGCCGUCAUGUACCCCUCCCCAUCAGCAGUUUGAUGCAGGACCCAGGUUUCUACCUAGGGGUGCUGUGCCAAGGUUCCCUUCACAAAGUAUGUGGGGUCCCGGCCCCAGAGGUUUCCAAGGUCCACGUCCAGUACUUCAGGAGAAAAAUAGCGAUGAAAGACCUGGCAUAUUUUCUUCUGGCACACAGGCCAAUUUGGUUUUAACAGACCCUGAAAAAAACAAUUUACUCUCCUCAUCUGAGCUCUCGCAAGUUCCAGAAACAUCUAUAAAGGAUUUAAAAUCUCAAAAAGCUGAACAGCCAAUUGAAAAAUCCAUGUUUUCAAAAGGACAAGCCCUUGGUACCGGGGUAAAAGACCAUAACAUAGCCAGAGUAGAUUAUCAGUCUGUCCCAACAGAAGUUCCUAGUAGAGGUCAUCCUGCAUCAGGUGGUGCUUGGGAAAGAGGCUUCAACAUAACUAAAGAAAGUGUAAAAUUUGAGCAGAGUAAUUUUGACUCCAGUAAGGUUGACAAGCCCAGUGAAGCCAAGUGGGGUGAAAGACAUGAGCUUUCAGGCAAUCAGUGGGAGAGAGUAGAGAAUAAAAAGGGGCUUCAAGAUGACCAUUGGAACACUACAGGGCAAAUGCAUAAGUACCAUUCAGUCAAUACAGAUAGUCCUUCAGGAGAUAUGUUUCAUAGGUGGGGUGGCCCCAAGGAAGACAGGUGGGGUGGAGCAGAAGGAGCCCAAAAAGAGAGAUGGGGGGGCACAGAGGGAGCCUUAGAGGGCACAUGGGGCCGUCCAGAGGAAGUUCAGCAGGACAGUAGGGACCGUCCAGAGGGAGUUCAGCAGGACAGGUGGGGGCAUCCAGAGGCAGUUCAGCAGGACAGUUUGGGGCGUCCAGAGGGAGUUCAGCAGGACAGGUGUGGGCUACCAGAGCCAGAGGGAGUUCAGCAGGACAGGUAUGGGCUACCAGAGGGAGUUCAGCAGGACAGGUGGGGGCGUCCAGAGGGAGUUCAGCAGGACAGGUGGGGGCGUCCAGAGGGAGUUCAGCAGGACAGGUGGGGGCGUCCAGAGGGAGUUCAGCAGGACAGGUGGGGGCGUCCAGAGGGAGUUCAGCAGGACAGGUGGGGUCGUCCAGAGGGAGUUCAGCAGGACAGGUGGGGGCAUCCAGAAGGAGUUCAGCAGGACAGGUGGGGGCGUCCAGAGGGAGUUCAGCAGGACAGGUGGGGGCGUCCAGAGGGAGUUCAGCAGGACAGGUGGGAACGUCCAGAGGGAGUUCAGCAGGACAGGUGUGGGCGUCCAGAGGGAGUUCAGCAGGACAGGUGGGGGCGUCCAGAGGGAGUUCAGCAGGACAGGUGGGGGCGUCCAGAGGGAGUUCAGCAGGACAAGUGUGGGCAUCCAGAGGGAGUUCAGCAGGACAAGUGUGGGCGUCCAGAGGGAGUUCAGCAGGACAGGUGGGGGCGUCCAGAGGGAGUUCAGCAGGACAGGUGGGGGCGUCCAGAGGGAGUUCAGCAGGACAGGUGGGGGCGUCCAGAGGGAGUUCAGCAGGACAGGUGGGGGCGUCCAGAGGGAGUUCAGCAGGACAGAAUUGCCUCUUCUGAUUAUUCCAAUGUAGAUAUGAAAGAGUGCCCUGAUGGUGCCCCAAUUGAUAGAGAGGAUUGUACUGAGGGGAGCUUGGAUAGGCAAGGUUUUCCAUUGGGUAGAAUGGGUGGCCCUGAAGGGCCACCACAUAAAAGAUUGGGUAGACCAGAAGGUCUUCAGUCUGGGACAUGGGAUAUGCCAGAAAGCUUAUCUAUUGAAAAGCAGGGUGUGAAUGAGGACCCUAUGAGGCAGUGGCAGGGGAGCCCUGAGGAUAGACAGGGGAGGCCUGAUAGGCAAGAGGAUCACACUGGUAAUUGGCAUGGAGGGGAUGAGGUUAUUCCUGAUGACAUGAGUGGCAAGCCCGAAGAUGAUUUUGGUAAUAGGUGGGGUAGUUCUGAGGGUGGAGGAGGAGACUGGGGUAAUAGGCCAGAAGAUCCAUCAGCUAACUGGAGGGGUGGUCCUCGGGGUCGGCCUGGCCAUUGGUCUAUCAGACCUCAAGGUCCCCCUGGCAAUUGGCGGGGUGGUCCCAUGGAAGCUCCAGGAGUAAGACGUGGCAUGCCUAUAGGGCCCCCUGGUUCCUGGCGUGGUGGGCAUAUGAGAGGGAGAGGUGGGCCUCUUUCUGUCCCUGGUGAUGGGCGAGGUGGCUAUCUGGCUACUCCGGGUGAGCGGCGGGGUGGACUCUUGGGCGCACCAGGUGAUCGGCGGGGUGGGCUCUUGGCCGCUCCAGCUGAAAGACGGGGUGGGCUCUUGGCCGCUCCAGCUGAAAGACGGGGUGGGCUCUUGGCCGCUCCAGCUGAAAGACGCGGUGGGCUCUUGGCCGCUCCAGCUGAAAGACGGGGUGGGCUCUUGGCCGCUCCAGUUGAAAGACGGGGUGGGCUCUUGGCCGCUCCAGCUGAAAGGCGGGGUGGUCUCUUGGCAGCCCCGGGUGAAAGGCUAGGUGGACCCAUAGCAGGUCCUAGUGAUAGACUGACUGGGCCCCUGCAAGAAGUAGACAAAGCAAUGCUUCAGAAUAGGCAGGCAGAGUCAGUUAUGGGAAGGAAUGAUAAUGCUCCUUAUGCUGAGGAUAGAUUACACCAAAUUAUGCCUGGAAGCCAGAGUGAUCCAGAGAAAGAUGUGGCUAAGCCUAUAGAAGAGGCAAAAGGUCCAAUCACUGGUAGUUAUCAAAGCAAGUUUAGAAAACCAUACCAAAAACCUUUGGAGACUAAACAUUCUACACCUACAAACCAACAAACUACUACUGAGAGUCUAACAGGUCAAAUAGCAUUAUCCAAAGCAGGUGAAGCUAGCAGUCAGGGACCUAAAAAGCCAGAUGAUUCAAGUAGUCAGGAGCAAGUCAGAAAUAAAAUUCAAGGGCCUUCAAAGAUGGGAGUUGAUGUAGGGAAAGCAUCAGAUACUUCUGUUCCUGAACACACUAAGUUGGUUUCAUCAGGAUCAGGGCCUAUUGGAUUUCCUAAAACCAGUGCUUCAGAGUCUCCUGGACUGGCUAAAACAGUUACUAUGGGGAAAUCUGGAAUCACCAAAACUAGUGAUUCUAACACUCCAGGAUCUGCUAAAACAGUUGAUUCUGUGUCAGCACCUCCAACCCUGGAACCUACCAAGACAGCUGCCCCUCAAAAUACAGAGACGACCAAGGCUGCGGUUGCUCCAACAACGGAGCCUGACCAGCCUUUGGCCUCUGGGCCUGCCAAGCCAGCUGUUGCUCCAACAAAAGAGCCUGGCCAGCCUUUGGCCUCUGGGCCUGCCAAGCCAGCAGCUCCUUCGGUACCUGGCUCUGCAAAGAAAGCUCCUAUUCCAGACCCUGGGCUUGUCAAGACACCAGCUGCUUCAGUCCCAUCACCUGCCAAGGUAGCUGCCUCUGGGGCCACUGAAACUGCGAAGUCCGUUGGCCAAGCACCAUCUAAGGCAGAUUCUUACAUGGUAACUAAGAUGGAAGUCUCAGAAUUAGGUAAUACCACUAGUGCAUCAAAUGUCCAGAAAUUUCAAGGUCACAGAUUAGGUGAUGAAAAUAUUGUUCAAAGGCCACAUUCUGGUGGAGAACCUAAUAUCCAAUCUAUGGUCAAAAAUGCUGGUCCUGUAUUUCAAGGGGCUGUCAGGGGAGGUGGUAAUGUAGGAUGGAGUCCAGCCAGGGGAAGAGGCCCCACUGGCUUAACUCCAAGACCAUUUCAUGCCCCUCAGGAUAAACCUUUAAUCAUCCCUGAAGCAAACCAUGGAUUUAUAAGGCCACAGCAGGGUCAAAGUAGAUUAAAUAUGCCAAUACAUCAGGGGCCAUUGGAAGUAAGGGAACAUGGAGGGCCUGGGCUUACUGGGUCUGCAGGGCAUGUCAACUUUCCAGAUCAGGGAGCAGGCAGGUUUAAUGUACAUCCAAAUAAAGCAACUUUAGGGGUCAAGGAACAUGUAGGGCCUGGGCUUUCUGAGUGUGCCGAAAUUGGCUAUCCAGAGCAACUGUCCAGUCAAGGAGGCAUUCCAGAAAUCUAUGAUGGACCCUUUGAUAAGAGAGGAAGAGGGCGUUCUAGAGGUUUGGGACGGGGAAGAAUCCCAGGUAGACCAGGAAACCCUGAUGUAGAGAAUUUGCCUGAUCGGGGCUUUCCACAAAUGGCUAAUUUUAUAGAAGAAAAGCGGCCUUUUGUACAAGGCCCAGAUGCAACAUCACCUUAUGGUAGGGAGGGGCUUCACAGAGAUUCCAGAUUUGUAGAAGAUGAGCGAUUUCCAUCAGAGCUUCCUGCUGACCACAGAAUGAGAGAGAUCCCAUUGGAAAGAGAGAGAGUAGAUGGCUGGGGAAGAGACAGAUAUGAAGGCUGGGAAAGAGACAGAUAUGAGCCAUGGGAAAAAGAAAGAAAUGAGGCCUGGGAUAGAGAAAGAAAUGAGGAUUGGGGAAGAGACCGUAAUUGGGAAAGAGACCGAGAUGAGGGCUGGGAUAGAGACAUGCAUUGGAAAGAGAGUGCCUCUCAUUUCCCUAGAGAGCCUCUCGAUGCAUUCUCCCGAGAUGACGGGCAUUACCCUCGAGACCUAGAUGUUCGACCUGACCCAUGGUGGGAUAAACUCCCAGAGAAAGAUAUGGACAGGGGCCCUGGCAGCACUUUUGAGAGGUUUGAAAGACCUCAUGAUGUGUAUGAAAGAAAUGUUAGAGAUUAUCCUAGACUUCCAGAUGACCUCCGCUUUCCACCUCGAGAUAUAGACGGCCUUCCCCUUCGCCGACCUCUUUCUCCUCGUCCUUUAUCCCCUUUCAGGCCUCGGUCUCCCAUCCCACCACCUAUAGAUCGGUAUAUGCAGGAGAGGUGGAGAGAGGACAGAGAAGGCAUAGCAGAGAGGAGCUUCCAUGAGCGUGGAGAACUUAGGAUUCGUGAAUAUCCAGAACGACCUAAUUUGUGGCAGGAUGAAAAUAGGAGAGAUUUGGAAUUGGAACGGGCAGAGUGGAGACCAUUAGAGGAUCGAUGGUAUCCUGAAGAUCAAGAAAGGCUAGUGGAUAAUCGCUUAAAUCCACUUCCUUCACUACCAGGAUCACUGUCCACUGUGCACCCAUCCCUAGUUGACAAAGACGGCAGACUGGAAUCUGAUCCCACUUCAAAUUCUAGCACGAUGGCACUAAGCCAAAGACAACAUGAGAUCAUACUCAAAGCUGCCCAGGAGCUAAAAAUGCUUAGGGAGCAGAAGGAGCAGCUGAAUAGUUUAAAGCAAUUCUUCAGCGAGUCUCAGGACUCUGAUGACUCUAAGCAGACAGCAAGUGCCCAGGAGGCAGAUCCCUUGAAGUCGGAUGUAUACCAGGUUCAUUCUGAUGAAGCUGUGAGUGGUCGCUUGGCUGAAGGUGCAACUACACCAUCUUCUAAAUCUGACCCGGCGGCACCUACCACCAGACUGAGUCAACGUUGGGAUGGUGACUAUGAUGAUUUCAAUGAGGACACCUUCUCUGGUCUGUGGGAUGAGGACAGAAAGACUCAAAAAGCUGAGGGACUUUCUGACCAAGGGCAGCGUGGCAACUUUUCACUUGGGUCCCAACAGUCUGUGGAUUAUGGACAUGGUCGAGAGAUCUCAGUGGGAAAAGUGGAACAGGUUCCCUAUGGUGAAAGAGUUGUCCUUCCUGAGCCAGUCCUAGAAAGAGGACCCUCUUCAUUUCUUAAAGGAGAACGGUAUGAGCGGGAUCAUAGAGACAGAGACUCUUAUUUUGAGCGACAAAGUAAUAAAUCUGUUGAUCGACGUGAAUAUGACCGGGAGAGGGAUCGUGAUCGAAACUCAUACCGAGAUAGAGGCCAUAGUGACAGUGAGAGGGAGAGAAAUGAUCGUGAGCGCCAUGCUCGAGAUGAAAGGUUGGGAUCUUACCGGGAUAGCAAGGACAGCUCCUCUAGGCGUAGUGGCAGUGACAAAUCCUAUGAUCGAAAAUUAGAACGGCCAGGGUUUGAACCACCACCUGCAGCCUUUGGGGGUGAGCAGCGCAGAGGGUAUCCUGAGGAGAAGCCGCCUCUACAUCCCUCCAUGCCUGGCCCCCGCGCAGAGAAGAAACCGGAGAUGAAGAAUGUGGAUGAUGUUUUAAAGAAACCUGGAAGAGAAAGCCGCCCUGACCGAAUUGUUGUCAUCAUGAGAGGUUUGCCGGGAAGUGGAAAAACUCAUGUUGCAAAGCUUAUCAGGGAUAAGGAGGUUGAGUGUGGUGGCGCAGCGCCACGGGUUCUAAGCCUUGAUGAUUAUUUCAUCACUGAAGUGGAAAGGGUAGAGAAGGACCCUGAUUCGGGCAAGAAAGUUAAAAAGAAGGUGUUGGAAUAUGAAUAUGAACCAGAGAUGGAAGAGACGUACCGAAGCAGUAUGUUUAAAACCUUCAAAAAGACGCUGGAUGACGGAUUCUUCCCAUUCAUUAUCCUAGACUGUAUCAAUGACAGAGUGCGACAUUUUGAGCAGUUUUGGAGUGCUGCAAAAACCAAAGGAUUUGAGGUUUACCUGGCUGAGAUGAGUGUUGAUAGCCAGACGUGUGCUAAGCGUAAUGUGCAUGGGCGCAAAGUGAAGGAGAUCAGUAAGAUGGCUGAUCAGUGGGAGUCUGCACCACGCCACAUGAUGCGAUUAGAUGUACGAUCAUUGCUGCAGGAUGCGGCCAUUGAAGAAGUGGAAAUGGAAGAUUCAGAGCCCAGUGCUGAGCCACCAAAGGACUUGAAGAAUGACGCCCCUGAAGAAGAGGACAGUGAGCGGGCAAGUCUUUCCAAAAGCAAGUGGGAGAUGGACACGUCUGAAGGAAAGCUUGAUAAGCUGGAUGGAUUAAACACAAGCAAACGAAAGCGUGACUGGGAGUCAGUGGGCGGCUGCUUGGAGGAUUAUCUACAGCUUCCCGAUGACUAUGACUCCCGGGAAUCCCAGCCUGGCAAGAAAAGGGUGAGAUGGGCCGACCUUGAAGAAAAGAAAGAUGCAGACCGUAAAAGAGCGAUUGGUUUUGUAGUUGGUCAGACGGACUGGGAUAAGAUCACAGACAAGAGCGGGCAGCUGGCAGAGCGAGCAUUAAACCGCACCAAAUAUAUUUGAAUUGUGGAUAUUACCGUGUAAGUCAGGUCAUAUUUAGGAUAUGUUGGACAAGCUGUUCGAUGUUUCAUUUGCAAAGACUGUUUCUUAGUUUUGUGAUUAUCAUAGCAUCAGGUGACGUGUAAAAACAUCGCUGGAACCGGAUUUCUUCUGCUUGCAUGAUUUCCUUUUGCUAUGCUUAUUUUAUAUUGUAUUUACCUUUAAUUGUAGAUUCCUGUACUGGGAAUAAAACAAUAAAAUAUCCUUAAAACAGGAA